AAGGUCAUAGAAUUGACUGGAGAAUCUCGGGCCGAUAGCCCAACUACCUCAACUAUAUAAUAGGCGUUCCAGGCGAUUUACAUUUAAUUGUUUUCCGGUUCUUUUCUCAGACUUUCAACAAUACAAGCGGCGUGGCUCCUUUUCUCAGGUCGUCUUGAUUGUUGCUAUCGGAGAUUUUACAGGUUCAAGUAUUUUCAAAGUGCAAAAGGUUAACAUUUUUUAACAGCAAUAAUGGCUGAGGAAGGCUUCAAGGUUUCAUUGAAUGUCUAUGACCUAAGCCAAGGACUAGCUCGGCAACUCUCUACAACAUUCUUAGGGAAAGCUGUUGAAGGCAUAUGGCACACUGGAAUAGUGGUGUAUGGUAAUGAAUAUUAUUUUGGGGGAGGUAUACAGCACACCCCUGCUGGAACUACACCAUAUGGAACACCAUUGAGAGUGGUAGAUUUGGGUGUCACACAUGUACCCAAGGAUGUGUUUGAAAUUUAUUUACAAGAAAUCAGUCAUCGUUAUACAGCUGAGUCUUACAGUCUGCUCACUCACAAUUGCAACAACUUCACUAAUGAGCUGGCACAAUUUUUGGUUGGUAAAACCAUUCCAGAAUAUAUUCUAAACUUGCCCAAUGAAGUUAUUGGCAGUCCAAUGGGUGCUCUUAUAUUACCUAUGAUACAGAAUCUGGAAGCAACAUUGAAGGCUGGUGCAGUACCACAAGUUCCUCAGUUCAGGCCUGCAGCUACUGUGAAUAAAGUCUCCAGCUUUAGUCCCAGCACUCCCUCUGAGCAAAAGACUGUGAAAGAGGCAAAUGGUAAAACGAAAGCUGAAGAGCAAUCUGCUAGUUCUGAGGAGCCAAAGGCACUGAAUAAUGCUGUGCCUCCUGCUGUGAAGCCUGUGGAAGCACAAGAGAAGCCAAAUGUUAAUGGGGUUGCAGGAGAUCCUCUUGGAGUUGCCCGAAGCAAGGUGCAAGAGGAAAUUAACCGUGAAUUUGCUGCUAUGAUGGCAACUGGGACAUUACGGGCAAGUGAAGCAGCAACUCUUGCAAUGAAGAAAGUGAUGCAAAAAUAUAGGCAUAUGAACGGUGCCAUGCCGCAUUGUUAGAAACAUGGAGACUUGAUUUUUGUAGUAGUCUUCUGGUGUUUAUUCAUGAGGGCUAUUCAAUGAAAUUUAUAAUUCAACUUGGCUUAAUUGUGAAUUGACAUUAUCUGUGGUUUGUCUUAAGCUUGUAUUUGAAUAUUUUCAGACCUAAUUAUAAUUAAAUUUAUUGGCGUA